UCGACAAACGUUACUCCAAUAUUAGACACUGGGUCGAGUGCACCUACCCGUAAUAAGGACGUCUUUGUUCAAUCGUUCGCUAACCCAAGUGCCUAUUAUUAGCAGUAAUAUAUGAACAGAUUAGCAUCAGUUCGCGGAAAAUCGACGCGUGCUUAAAAACCAUGAAUUGUAUUUUGUUUAAUGAACCAAUCACAGAAAACAUAGUAAGCGAAAACAUGUGUACCAGGAAGUUUAUAACAUUUAGAAAUGUCACCGAGUAAGAAGGAACUUAGUCUCAGCUUCUUAAUAUUUGUCUGUGUCGUUAAAACAGACGCAGAUCCAUGUACAAAUUAUGCAAACUAUGCUGUGACUGGUACCAGUUCACCAAGUUAUGAAGAACCAGACAUUUCACAGAGUCGAUGCGACAGUACUUUAACUUCACAGUGGUACCGUAUAUCUGGUGGUGCUGGGGAAGAUCUAGCCACAAGCGGAGUCAUUCGGACCACUCAGUGUGGGACGCUGAAUCCGGUGUGGAUGAACGGGAAUAUUUCGGCCGACUGUUAUGGAGAAGUGGACACGACUGCGUGUGUUGUAUCAACGUUCAGUACUUGUCACUUAACUAUUGCCAUCAAAGUAAAGAACUGUUGUGGUUACCGUGUGUAUUAUCUACAGGAGACAUCGGCAUGCCCCCAGGGUUAUUGCGUUGAUACUAUCUCAGCUACACCCUGUGCAACAGAGUCCACAUGUACAGCGACAACAACAGCAACAACAACAACAACAACAACAACAACAACAACAACAGCAACAACAACAACAACAACAACAAUAGCAUCUGAAAAGUCUUAUGUGAGUGACGGUGUUCCAAUAGACACCGGCGUUUCAGAUGCUAUGCUUGCGGGUAUUAUAUUAGCUGUCAUAGUUGCAGCUAUUGUAAUCAAUGUAACAGUUAUUCUGAUCGUAAAGUCGAAGUUUGUCUCAAAUAGCGUUUCACCUUUUAAGUAUACAUCAGAAGAAGAAACUAAUGAUAUUUUUAUAACAAGAUGUAACACAACGUUGGUACCUCAACCUACUUACCCUCCUCCUGGUGCAUUUGAUAACCUACAGGGAGAAUGACGAUUAUACCACGGUGUAACCCUAUUGAAAAUCACCAAUUCUCGUUAUAGUUCCCCAUCAAGCUAUGGCAAAACUGUCUAACAGCUUAUACAGGGAAUUGGAGCUCAUCUGAGCCGAAAGCUGCAAAAGAAACAAAUACAAGAGAGGAAAUGAGAGACAUUGUAUUUCCCAUGACAGAUGAAUGUGUAUAUUCCUCAUACAACCUCUACAGGUUCCCUAACUUCCGACUCAUUGGAGAUUUGGUUUCCAAUUAGUAGAUAACACAGGAUUUCAUAGCUCACUCUGCUACUUAUGAUGUCAAGCAUCAGUGCUUUGUGACGUUAACUUCCAUUGUGACGUCAUUGUUCAUGGAAAUUGUUUUCUCGAUCGGAAACAGAAACAAUAUAUAUAGUUUUCUAAUCAUAACAUCUGAACGUUUUGGAAGACAAAAGGUCACCAACCUAAUGAUGGUUUAUUUUCACGUUCAACUAACUUGAGUUAGACAAACUACUAUACAGCAUAAAUCAUAUUGCAUUAUUGCAGUGUUUUCAGUCAUUCAUUCCUUCAAACGCAAUAAAUUUAUUUAUUUAUUUAUAUGAACAUGGUACUGCAAUUCAUAUUGAUUACAAUGGAAGAGCUAAUAUGCGUUCCCUUUAUUUUCAGUUUGUAAUGAAAUAAAAAUUAAUCUUUUAAAACAGAAGUCAUAAAUAGCCUGCAUAUUUUCUAUUCUAUCUUCUACCGUGGCAAAUCAUAUUACAUCUGAAGAAUUUCAUUUAAGGUUUGGUUGCUUGAUAUUAAGAUCCGUGGAAUUUAGCAAUAAUGUAAUAAAAAAGUGACUCUUUUGGUAUAAGGAGCAAUUUAUGCAAUAAUACUCUUCUAAUCUCAUCUGAAAACUGAGUAUCCAUUCAUCAAAUACGAAAAUCUAAUCUUAAAAGUAUCAGGGGAUAUAUUGUGUACCGAGAAAUAAUUGUUGCAUGUGAUGAUAAUAAACAAAUUAAACACAUGAAAAUCGGCUUCUGCAACAAAUAACAUGAGCUACAAUUUAUACUUUAUAUGUUGCCGUAAUUAUGUUAAGUCGCGAUUGAAACAUCCCUUCAGAAUUCAGAGUGGAAUGCGUUUUUAUACUAUCCUAAUACGUAUUUGACUCUGAUGAGUCCCACUUAUACAUCACAAUAAACAAGUGUGCUACAUUUUAAAUUCACCAAAUUGCAUCGUUACUAUAAACAGAACCAAACUCUGCAAGUAUAAUGGUAAAUUGGGAUGAAUAUUUUGGAUAGCAGAGUUCUUGUAAGUAAUCGUUUUAACCCAGAUAUCUAGCUGUAUCACUAAGUUUAACAAUAAAAGUAUUCGUGUCAAUCGAUAUGUAUAAUUACAAAAGACAUUCACUCUGAUGAUUGGGAAACAAGUACUAUUGUAUCACUUCAGUUUAAGUACUGAACAAUGACGUCACGCUGGUAAACCUUCCACUUUGAUUCCUGCCUGCAUGGGGACCUCGUGAUGAGGAUCGACCUGAUCAUCAGCAUGAUUUCUGUUUUUGGUUGUUAUUUUGUAGCUGUAAUAGAAAAAAAACAUUACUUAUCGAAGUAUUUGAUAUAAAAUAAAGCUCGAAUUGUAAAAUAA